AUGUGGUCAUUCAAGAAACUCAUGGGCCUCAACACCGAGAAGGGCAUCUCCCUCCCCGUGGAGCAAACCAACCAGGGAAGCGCUGCUAAGCAAUCCCACAACAGCGGCGACUGCAUCCAGGGCCGAAGCGUCAUCUCGGCCGCUCCCUGCGAGGACGACGAAGACUCCAACUACUCCGUCGCCCAGAUGUUCGCGAGACGCGACGGGUACUCCAGGAUCCCCCUCGGAGACGACGACGCAGAGGACGAGGAGCAGAACUUCAAGCCGAAGGACAUCACCCCGGCCUUCAACGUGUUCCCCCUUUUCGGCGGCAACCGAAACCAGAUGGAGGGCUACGCAUCCGUGCCCCAGGUCUAUGACGACCAGGCUGGGGAUGCCGUCAAGGCAAGGGCCGGCGAUGCUCCUUACGGCAUGGUCGACGAGGAGAGCGACAGCGAUGACGACCGGUCCUCGCAGGGUGACCACACCCAGGACAACCGAGAAAUCGGCAGCACCUGGGGGGAGAGCACCGCCUAUUCCUACUCUCACUAA